ACACGUGAUUCUCCGCCCAUCUCUCACUACAGACCUUCGCUUACUACAUAACAAGCUGCAGUCAUCCUUAUGAAAUGCAAAUACUGGACUGUGUCCACUGUUAGGGCGACUAAAGAGCCAAUUGUGUAGAGAAGCUGCGCGUAUUAAAAUGUCCUUUUACAGGAAUACUGUGUGGCUUGUCAAAGGACUCCAGGAGUAUACAAAGAGUGGCUAUGAAGCAGCAGCAAAGCAUUUUGUUCCAGCUGACCUGGAUGUAAACCUGAAUGGAAGGUCCUUCAUGGUGACAGGUGCCAACAGCGGGAUAGGGAAAGCUGCAGCGCAGGAAAUCGCUAAGAGAGGGGGAACGGUUCACAUGGUGUGUCGAAACAAGGGGCGAGCAGAAGCAGCCAAAGGUGAAAUUGUUGAAAGCAGUAAAAAUGAGAAUGUUCACGUCCACAUUGUUGACAUGUCGAGCGCCAGGCAAGUGUGGGAGUUUGCGCAGAGCUUCUCACAGAACAACACACUGCAUGUGUUGAUCAACAAUGCGGGCUGUAUGGUCAACCAGAGAGAACUAACUGAGGAGGGUUUGGAGAAGAACUUUGCCACGAAUACGUUGGGUACAUACAUCCUCACCACUGCACUGAUACCUGCACUGAAGAAGGUCGAAGACCCGAGAGUGAUUACUGUGUCUUCAGGUGGCAUGCUCACACAGAAAUUGGACGUGGACGACCUCCAAUUUGAGAAGGGGACAUUUGACGGGACCAUGGCCUACGCUCAGAAUAAAAGGCAGCAGGUGAUCCUGACAGAAAGAUGGGCUGCUCAGAACAAAGAGAUCCACUUCUCCAGCAUGCACCCCGGCUGGGCAGACACACCAGCGGUCCAGACCUCCAUGCCUUCAUUCCACGCUAGGAUGAAGUCCAAGCUGAGGACGGAGGCCAUGGGAGCUGACACCGUGGUGUGGCUCGCCGUAUCCGCAGCAGCCGCCAAGCAACCGAGCGGGCUCUUCUUUCAAGAUCGUAAAGGAGUGGCGACACACUUGCCCCUCGCCUCCUCCCGGUCAACACCGCAAGAGGAGGAGAAGCUUCUGGCAGCGCUGGACGAGUUCGCCCAAAAGUUCAAACCUUAAUACCUCAAAAACAGUUUCUGUAAAAGGGGGAAAAAAAAACAAGCACUCCUCACAGAUUACUAAUGUUUACACAAUCUUUUUUUUAAUAUACAGAAAAGCUUCAACCUCCAAGAACAACCUUUUACUUAAAAUAUACAAAAAAACAAAAUCUAGUGAAGUAAAUGUGGUUGUUUACGGAAAGAUGACUUGUACUUUAUUUUUGCUCCUUGGUUAAUCAAAAAUAAAUAAAUAUAUAUACUUCCUAUUUGUAAAGCUUAUGAACAUAUGUACACACUAACAAUUAUGCAUUUUAAUUUAUGUUGAAUUUCUUAUCUGAUUUCAUUAAAUAAGAAUUUUACCUG